UUAUCAUACUAUCGAUAGUUUCGAUAGUAAUCAAAAUAGUGGGGCCAAUCACUAGUCGGUACCCAUAACACCGUACCAUACCACACCAUAGCAGUAAUUUUGAGGGUUGGUAACUUGGUUGUCUUUCUUUGUUGUUACGGUUCCUUUUUCGAAGGAUUCUAUUUUUAUGAGAUUUUAUUAUUUUCCUUUGAUAAUCAAUGAAAUAAAAAUGGCUUCAGCGCCCAAAAAACUGAAAUUAUCGGCGCCGUUUUCAUCUGAGGCUAAAGGAAGCAGCACAAAUGCCGAAGAAUUAAUGAAACAGUUCCAAACUAAGCGCAAUGAGACCGCCAAGUCCAUAAUGGACUACAAAUUUAAUAAAAAACGCCUCAGGAUAAUGUCUCAGGAGCAAAUGGUGCCUGACAAUUGCGAGGGGAUCGUGUAUUGGAUGUCUAGAGACAGCCGAGUGCAAGAUAAUUGGGCUUUCUUGUUUGCACAGAAACUCGCGCUCAAAAACGAAGUGCCACUCCACGUGUGUUUUUGUUUGAUUGCCAAAUAUUUAGACGCUUCUGUCAGGCAGUUCGACUUUCUGAUUAAAGGUUUAGAGAAAGUGGCUGCAGAUUGCAAGAAACUGAACAUAUCUUUUCAUUUGCUUGAGGGUAGCGGGGCAGAGGUGUUGCCUCAGUGGGUGGUGAAACACAACAUAGGAGCUGUGGUCUGUGACUUCAAUCCACUGAGAGUACCAUUAGGUUGGUUGGAUGGGGUUAAAAAGAAACUCAAGAAAGAUGUGCCACUUAUACAGGUUGAUGCCCACAAUGUUGUUCCUUGCUGGGUGGCAUCAGAUAAACAGGAGUACUCUGCAAGGACUAUACGGAAUAAAAUAAACUCUAAGCUGGAUGAAUACCUAACUGAAUUCCCUCCUGUUAUCAAACACCCAUACACAGCCAAAUUUGAGCCUGAGCCUAUAGAUUGGGACGAAGCUAUAGUUUCGAGAGAGGCAGAUAAGAAUGUAGGACCCGUAGCAUGGGCCCGGCCGGGGUAUGAUGAGGCAGUUAAAAUGCUGAAGAGUUUUCUUGAUAACAGACUAAAAGUAUUUGCCACUAAGAGAAAUGAUCCCACUAAAGAUGCACUAAGUAAUCUAUCUCCUUGGUUCCAUUUUGGUCAAAUAUCAGUACAAAGAGUUGCCCUUAGUGUUCAAGAGCACAAGUCAAAGUACACAGAGUCUGUGAAUGCUUUCUUGGAGGAGGCAAUUGUAAGGCGCGAACUGGCCGACAACUUCUGUUUCUAUUGCGAGCAUUAUGAUAGUAUUAAGGGCGCCAGUCAGUGGGCGCAGAAGACGCUUGAUGAUCACAGAAAAGACAAAAGAACACACAUAUACACACUAGACCAGUUAGCUAAGUCAGAGACGCACGACGACCUAUGGAACUCUGCUCAGAUACAACUGGUGAAGGAAGGCAAGAUGCACGGCUUCCUGAGGAUGUACUGGGCAAAGAAAAUCCUGGAGUGGACGCCCUCGCCGGAGGACGCGCUGAAGUAUUCGCUUUACCUGAAUGAUCAUUACAGUAUUGAUGGAAGAGACCCUAAUGGAUACACCGGUUGCAUGUGGUCAGUUUGCGGUAUACACGACCAAGGUUGGGCUGAGAGGGCUGUGUUUGGCAAGAUUCGCUUCAUGAACUAUGACGGGUGUAAGCGGAAGUUCGAUAUCAAAGCCUUUAUAGCCAGGUAUGGUGGCAAAGUACACAAGUAUGUGCCAAAGAAGUAAUCGGCAAGUAAAUGUGCGAAGAUUCGGAAUAUUAUUAAGUUUUUAAUAAUUGUAAGGUAUUUUCUCGUUAUAAGUUGUUAAUGAGUAUUCAGUGGGUUUCAGUCGGUAUCAAAAUAACUAUUUUUUAAAACAGUUGUAGUAAAGGAAAAAAAACAAUUGAACAAUAUUUUAAUUAAAAUAUUGUUCAAUUGUUUGUUUUAAAUAACUAGCCGGCAGUAUUAUAUUUUUUAUCAUAUGCUGUUUCUACACUACACUGAUCAUCACAAUAAUUUUUUUUUGGAAGGCUCUUGGGUUGCACACUGCCUUCAAAUAAUUAUUUUUAGAUUACUUUUCUUACGUUACACGUAUAUAAUCGAAAAGUACAAACUAUGUGAUAAGGAAGAUUGUAUGCAAUACAAUUAUUAUUUAAUGGUAUGUUGUCAAUAUCGCGAAUUACUUAAUAACUGUUAAGUAUUAUCAUGAUAGCAAAUGUUUAAGAAUCUCGAAGUUAAAAUACAAGAGUAAAUUUCA